AACAAACGUCAUAACCUAAAUUUUAAUAUUAAUUUAAACACUUUAAAAAUAAAAACCUAAUUAGAAUGUAAUUAAAAAUGAAUAAAUCCCACAAAAUAGGGUUGAAAUUAAAAUAAACUUAGUAAAUAGUUAGGUGUAAACAGAUUGGGUUGGGUUCGUUUUAAAAAAAAGUACCGUUACAAUGGUAUUUAUGCCACGAAUUGCAUAAAUUCCAUAAACGAAGCGUGUGCCAACAACCUCCGAAUCUCAAACUUAAAAUGCAACAAUUCAAUUAAAACUUAAAAGUUCUUAAAGUUUAUUUUGUUAAUAAUGGAAAAUGUACGAAAUAGAAAGAUAGCAAAAAAUAAGAACAAAAAAGAAAAACAUGAUAAAUUAGAAGAGUUAAGUGAAAUUAAUCAAGGUCUGAACGAAACUAAUCAAGAAUCCAAUCAAAAUGACGAAGAUCUUAAAGGUAUAAAUCGAAAUAUUGAGAAAAUAAAUGAUAACCUAACAAAAAAUGAGGUUAUGGAAAGUUUUGAGGAAUCUAAACGUAAAUUAAAAAUAAAAAGUUCUUGUACGCUUCAAUUUCGAAUUGAAAUUGAUUUCAUUGCGGUUAUUUUAUUUCUGGCUGCGUUAUAUACGAGAUUUUAUAAAUUGGAGCAACCCAAAUAUAUUGUGUUUGAUGAACUACAUUAUGGAAAAUACGUUUCUUUGUAUAUGAAAAACACCUUUUUCUUUGAUAAUCACCCACCGUUAGGUAAACAAUUAAUAGCAGGGGCAGCCUAUAUGGCAGGUUAUGAUGGUAAAUUUAAAUUUGAUCGAAUCGGAAGUCCGUAUAAUGAAAAAGUACCGUUAUUUGCAAUGAGGUUUAUCCCAGCGUUUUUUGGUAGCUUAUUAAUACCGACUGCUUAUUAUUUAAUGUUAGAAACUGGGCUUAGUAAACCCACGGCUCUUUUAGGAGGAUUAUUAUUAUUAUUGGAUAAUGCAAUUUUAACCCAAAGUCGAUUUAUUUUAAUGGAAUCAAUGUUAAUAUUUUUUACCUUAUUUGGAUUACUUUGUGUAAUGAGAUUUAAACGAUUAGAAAUGAAAAGGAUGGGAACAGGGUGGUUAAUUUUAGGUUCGGCCGCUUUAACAUGUGGGUUAUGCGUUAAAUACGUAGCGUUUUAUUCGUUUUGUUUAUUUAUUUCGAUUAUAUUUAAAGAUUUUUGGAAAAAACUUGCUGAUAAAAAGUUUUCCAAUGUUAAUUUAAUUCUAAAUUUUUUAAUUUUAACCUCAAUUUUAACUAUAAUCCCAUUAAUAAUUUAUUUAACCGUUUUUUCCGUCCAUUUAAACCUACUUUAUAAAGCGGGACCUCAUGAUAGCAUCAUGACGAGUGCUUUUCAAGCUUCACUCGAAGGCGGUUUAGCUUCCAUCACCAAAGGUCAACCACUUCUAGUCGCCCAUGGCUCCCAAAUUACUUUAAGACACACUCAUGGUCGUACUUGUUGGUUACAUUCUCACGCUCAUGUUUACCCCGUUCGAUAUCCAGAUAAAAGAGGCUCAAGUCAUCAACAACAAGUCACUUGUUACUCGUUUAAAGACGUUAACAAUUGGUGGAUUGUAAAAAGGCCCCAAAAAAAUGAUUUGGUAGUUGAAAAACCAAUUGAUUCCAUCAAACAUGGCGAUAUCAUCCAAUUAGUCCAUGGAAUUACAAGCCGGGCUUUAAAUUCUCAUGAUGUAGCGGCCCCCAUGUCACCUCAAUGCCAAGAGGUGUCUUGUUAUAUCGAUUAUAACGUUUCAAUGCCUGCACAAAAUUUAUGGAGGGUUGAGGUGAUUAAUCGAGAUCAAAAUGGCGAUUUUUGGCACACAAUUCAAAGCUUAGUUCGGUUAAUUCACGUUGAUAGUAAUCAAGCGUUAAAAUUCAGUGGGAGACAACUUCCUGAAUGGGGUUUUCACCAACAUGAAGUUGUAGCCGAUAGAAUUAUUUAUCAAGAUGAUACGGUUUGGAAUGUUGAAGAACAUCGAUAUACAAAAUCUGACGAUCAAAAAGAGCGCGAAAGAGAAAUGGUAUCAGCAGAAAUGAUUCCAACAACCGCAACAAAGUUAUCAUUUUGGGAUAAAUUCUUUGAAUUGCAAUAUAAAAUGAUAUUCUCCGGUACAGAGAGUGUUCAAAAUCAUAUGUAUAGCUCGGAACCUUUAGAAUGGCCCUUAAUGUCGCGUGGAAUUGCUUAUUGGAUCUCAAAUACGAGUAAUGCUCAAAUACACCUUCUUGGUAAUUUAUUAAUAUGGUACUCAUCAACAAUCUCAUUAUUUUUAUACUCAUCUUUAUUAAUAUUUUAUUUAUUGAGACGUAGAAGAAAAUGUUAUGAUAUACCUGAAAAAAUGUAUGAAAACUUUGUUUUGGUAGGUGAAGUGUUUUUUGUAGGAUAUCUAUUCCAUUUUAUUCCUUAUUUUUUCGUUGAACGCACGUUAUUUUUACACAAUUAUUUACCGGCGUUUAUUUUUAAAGUUUUAUUAAUGGCAGGAUUAAUCGAACACUUAUUUACACUUUUAUUAACAAAAAUUAAGGUUAAAUUUAUUACCGAAAUGUUUUUAUUUUUGCUUUUCUUAUGGACGUUUGGCAUUUUUUAUGUAUUCAAUAAGUUUUUAAUUUUAAGUUAUGGUUUAACUCCUUUAACAAUGAAUGAUAUUAUUAAUUUAAGGUGGAAAGAUACUUGGGAUUUUAUCGUUCAUAAACAUUAAAGUUAUGAAGUUUUUUUUA